ACAAUAUGUCUCUUGACCUUGCAGGUUACUGACCCAAUGAAUGUUUCUGAGUCAUAUUCCAGCUUUGCUUCUGUAAGAGAAUUUAUACUCCUAGGUUUUUCUUGUGAGUGGAAGAUUCAGAUCCUCCUCUUCUCACUCUUCACCACAACAUAUGUUUUGACCAUAACAGGGAAUGGGGCCAUUGUUUGUGCUUUGUGGUGUGAAUGGCGACUCCAUGUCCCCAUGUACAUUUUCCUGGGAAAUUUCUCCUUUUUAGAGAUUUGGUAUGUCUCUUCUACAGUUCCCAAGAUGUUGGUCAAUUUCCUCUCAUAUAAAAAGACCAUCUCCUUUACUGGAUGUUUCCUUCAAUUUUAUUUCUUUUUCUCUUUGGGAACAUCUGAAUGUUUCCUCUUGGCUGUCAUGGCCUUUGAUCAGUACCUUGCUAUCUGCCAUCCCUUGCACUACCCUAACGUCAUGACUGGACACUUCUGUACCAAACUGGUCAUUAUCUGUUGGGUUUGUGGAUUUCUGUGGUUCCUGAUCCCCAUUGUAUUCAUCUCUCAGAUGCCCUUCUGUGGUCCAAACAUUAUUGACCAUGUUUUAUGUGACCCAGGGCCACUGUUUGCAUUGGCAUGUACCUCUGCUCCAACAAUCCAACAGCUUUGCUAUACUUUAAGCUCAUUAGUUAUCUUUGGUAACUUCCUUUUUAUCCUUGGGUCCUAUACACUUGUCCUAUUAGCUGUGUUGCGUAUGCCUUCAGCCACUGGGAGACACAAGGCCUUCUCAACCUGUGGGUCUCAUUUGGCUGUGGUAUCACUAUUCUAUGGCUCUCUGAUGAUCAUGUAUGUGAGCCCAGGACUUGGGCAUUCUGCUGGUAUACAGAAAGUUGCAACUUUGUUCUAUGCUAUGGUAACUCCAUUCUUCAACCCCCUCAUCUAUAGCCUUCGGAAUAAGGAGAUAAAAGCAGCCCUGAGGAAAGUUCUAGGGCGUCUCAGUAUAAUCCAAACUAUACUGAAUGAUCCUCCCAUUAUCAGUUUGCUGACUAAAUUUUAAAAACCACUGGUACCAGAAAAGAUUCAGCACAUUCUCUGUACUGGAAAACUUUGCACCAAAGAGAGGUAUGACUAUCUCAAGACUCUGACCAGCGAUGUUCAUAUUGUAAGAGGAGUCUUUCAUGAGAAUCUGAAUUAUCCAGAACAAAAAGUUGUGACCGCUGGGCAAUUCAAAAUUGGUUUGAUCCAUAGGCAACAAGUUAUUGCAUGAGACAUGGCCAGCUUAGCCCUAGUAGGGCAGUUUGAUGAGGACAUUCUUAACUCAAGAUAUACAUACAAAUUUGAAGCAUUUGGGCAUGAAAAAAAUUUUAACAUUAACCCAGAUUCUGCCACUGAAGCAUAUAAUUUCUUAGCAACAAACAUUAUUCCUUCAUUUGUAUCAAUGGAUAUUCAGGCCUCUACAGUUGUCCUUUAUAUGUAUCAGCUAAUUGGAGAUGAUGUAAAAGUAAAAGGAAUUGAAUACAAAAACAUCUUAAAGCCAGGCCUGUCUUGCUGCUUUUUUUUUAUUCCCCUGUUCAAAUCAAGUAAUUAA